ACGAACAACAACCAAUUAAUCAUCAUCUUCUCCCAAUCGAGUACUAAAACAACGAUCCAAAAUAAUACUCCUACCAACAAACCCAUAUGAUCCCUGGAGUUUUGAUCCUAAUUACUAACAUGUUUCGAUCCAAGCUGGGGUUAUCCUUUUCCCUCUCGAUCAUCUCCCUCUGUUUAACAACAGUCGAGCCCACCUGCUCCAAGGGCUGUGACUUGGCCUUAGGCUCGUACUACGUUUGGACCGACGCGUACACCAGAUUGGUUGCCGAAGUAUCAGGCAAUUCCGUCAACGAACUCAUCAGCUACAACCCAGGGACCACCGAGUACUUCAUCUUGUCGUACGAGAGAAUCUUCGUCCCCUUCCCGUGCGACUGCAUCGACGGCGAGUUCUUGGCCCACGUGUUUACUUACGCGGUCCGGUCCGGCGACACGUACGAUAAGAUCGCCGAGACGUACUACUCGAACCUGACUACGGCCGCGACGCUGGAGCGGUCCAACAGCUACUCGGCUAAUUCCUCGAUUCCGGUUAACGCGACGGUGAACGUGACGGUGAAUUGUUCGUGCGGGAACGCGUCGGUGUCGGAGGGUUACGGGUUGUUCGUCACGUACCCGCUUCGGGCCGAGGAUAGCUUGGAGUCGAUUGCGAAUACUACGAACUUUAGUACGGAUUUGCUGCAGAGGUACAACCCGGGCGCGAAUUUCAAUGCGGGGAGUGGUCUAGUGUACAUACCCGGCAGAGAUAAAAGUGGAUAUUAUCCACCCCUGAAGUCUAGCACAGCAGGAUUGUCAGGUGGAGUCAUAGCUGGAAUAUCUUUAGGAGUAGCGAUGGGAGCCCUACUAGUGUCUGUUUGCAUAUAUUGUGGGUUUUACAAAAAGAAGAAAGUGCAGGAUAAAAUAUUGCUUCCAAAAACAUAUGAAGAUCUACCUCUUCAAGCUGUCAAGGGCAUCAGCGUGGACAAAUCUGUGGAGUUCUCUUGUGAAGAGCUUGCAAAGGCAACUGAUGAAUUCAGUAUUGGUCAUAAGAUUGGUCAAGGUGGCUUUGGUUCUGUUUACUAUGCUGUGUUACAAGGCGAGCAAGCUGCAAUCAAGAAGAUGGAUAUGCGGGCUACAAGGGAAUUCCUUGCUGAACUUAAGGUUUUAACACGUGUUCAUCACCUGAACCUGGUGCGCUUGAUAGGCUAUUGUGUGGAGGGCUCUCUUUUUCUAGUUUAUGAAUACAUCGAGAAUGGCAAUUUAAGCCAGCAUUUACAUGGGACAGGAUGGGAUCCCCUCCCUUGGUCGACCAGGGUGCAAAUUGCUCUUGAUUCAGCUAGAGGGCUUGAAUAUAUUCAUGAGCAUACUGUGCCUGUCUAUAUUCAUCGGGAUAUCAAAACAGCAAAUAUAAUGAUAGACAAAAACUUCCGUGCGAAGGUUGCAGAUUUUGGUUUAGCAAAGCUGGCUGAAGCCGGGGGUUCCACACGUCUUGUGGGUACAUUUGGAUACAUGCCACCAGAAUACGCCCAAUAUUGUUGUAAUAUUUCUCCUAAAGUAGAUGUCUAUGCAUUUGGGGUGGUCCUCUAUGAACUAAUUUCAGCCAAAGAAGCCAUAGUCAAGUCAGAUGGUUCUACGGCGGAAGCAAAGGGCCUUGGUUCUUUGUUUGAGGAAGCUCUUAAUAAACCUGAUCCAAGUGAAGACCUUUGCAAGCUGAUUGACCCUAGGCUUGGAGAUAACUACCCUCUUGAUUCAGUCCUUAAGAUGGCUCAGCUUGCUAAAGCAUGCACACAAGUGAAUCGAAAACUACGGCCUGGCAUGAGGUCUGUUGUCGUGGCGCUGAUGACUCUUUCAUCCUCAACAGAACCUUGGGAUGUUGGUUCCUUAUGUGAAAACAAAGCUCUAGUCAGUCUACGUUCAUUGGAUUCACUGGAGUACUCAGAUCAAACUCUUGAAGAUUUUCAUUUUUCAGAGAUGCAUGAAUCAGUUGUAAAUGUGCAAGUUUAAGUUUUGUAUGUACACGUCAAUUGCUUUACAGGAGGCCAAUCAAAGGAAUUGAGAGAGUAGGCCUCGAUUUGUCAUGUGGAAUUCUAUUAUCCUUUUACUUUUGUUUUCUUCUUUUCUACAAUUACCAAACUUCCCCUUAAAAUGUAAUGAAUAAAUACUAUAGGUUCUU